AGGAUCAAGUGUCACAAAGUUAUCAACGGCUGUCUUUAGUCUAGUCUCAAAGCUUAAGCUUUUGUUUUCUUUGUUCUUGUUCCUGUUCCGAAUAGCUGGAGAGGAGAUAUAGACUUGGGGUAGAAUAAACAUAGCCAGGGCAUUUUCUGUGGCAGUGAGUGAAGAGAGAACGUUGGCCGUUUCGUUAGAGGCGUAAACAUAGAAAAAGAUUGAAGUAGAAAGACAGCCUAGUUUUUGUUAUCUAGCUUCUUGUUGUUGUGGCUGUAGGCUUCCCCAGAUUUGGAUACAAGACAGAGAACCCAAAAAGGAAAGAUUCACAUCCCACAAGCUUAUAUAAAACAGGGAUUGGGAUUUGAUCAUUAAGGAAGAAGUUGUGGAACUUGAGUUGUUUGAAAAAGAAAAAUGGAAGACUUUGUUGCUAGCAGUUGGGGAAGAGAGUUUGUAGCUGGAGGGUUUGGAGGCAUUGCUGGUAUAAUCUCAGGGCACCCACUUGACACUAUUAGAAUCAUGCAACAAAGUUCAAAAACAGGUUCUGCUAUCAGCAUUCUUCGCAAUGUCGUCGCCACACAAGGCCCAACUGCCCUCUACAGAGGCAUAACUGCCCCCUUGGCCUCCAUCACAUUUCAGAGUGCCAUUGUUUUCCAGACAUAUGCUAUUCUCUCUCGAGCUCUGGAUCCAUCAUCGGUUUCUCCUAAUGACCCUCCUUCUUACGAAGGUGUUGCUCUAGGAGGAUUUGGGGUUGGUGCUGUGCAGAGUUUGAUGAUCAGCCCAGUAGAACUUGUGAAAAUCCGUCUUCAGCUGCAAACCGGGACACAAAAAGGCCCCAUAGAUGUUGCCAAGAGCAUAAUGAAAGCAGAAGGGCUAAAAGGAAUGUAUAGAGGCUUAACCAUCACCAUGCUAAGGGAUGCACCCGCUCAUGCUUUCUACUUUUCUACUUAUGAGUACAUGAGAGAGCAGCUUCACCCGGGAUGUAGAAAAACCGGCAAAGAGAACUUGCGAGCUACUUUGGUGGCUGGAGGACUAGCAGGAGUAGCUAGCUGGCUUAGUUGUUAUCCCUUGGAUGUUGUAAAAACAAGAUUGCAGGCUCAAUCAAUGUCCCCUCUACCAAAAUACACAGGAAUUGUUGAUUGCUUCAGGAAAAGUGUGAGGGAGGACGGGCACGGCGUGCUGUGGCGAGGACUAGGAACUGCGGUUUCUAGAGCGUUUCUUGUUAAUGGGGUUAUCUUUGCAGCUUAUGAGCUUGCUUUGAAGUGCAUAGGCAGCAGGGGAAGUGUGGUUCUAGCAGAUAACGCAGUCUUGUAAAAACAUUUGUUCUGCAAAAUGAAGAGUUUCCACUGAGACCAAACAAAAGAAGGGUUCAACGCAGCCAUUGUAAAUAUGUGAUAUAUAGUAACAGCAGCAAUGCGUACAGCCAGGAAAAAGGUAUGAUAGGCAAUAACUCUUGCUGCACAACUCUGUUUAUUUAUGCCUAGAAUGUACAUUUUGAGCAUGAAAUGGAUGCUUCAGUUGUAUGGGGAAACUGUAAAGCUGUAAAUUAGUAAAGGUGAUUU